AUGAUAACAUUUACUUCUUCGAAAAGUCGAUUCUCAUUAUAUUAUUUGGAAGAGAGUGAAAAGUACUUGCAGGAUCUAUCAGCGAAGGUUCGAUAAAUCAAUAUGCUGAAAGGAGAGGAAAGAUUGGAAAGAGGAAAGGUUCAUAUAUGCUCAAGGACUCUGAUUUUUGAGCCAGAGAAAUAAGAGUUACCCAUUUAGAAAUUGUUCUAUCGAAUGAUCACAACACCGAUCAAGCAAACCAAUUUCAUUAGUUUUAGGAUUAAGAGGAUUAUUGAGAUAUUCACCUAAGGCCCUCCUUCACCUUACAUCUAUUAGGAUGAUGUAGAUUUUGAAAUCCAAAUAGAACCAUUAUUUGAUAAUGUCAAGGUGGUUCAUGAUCUGAUUGAGAAAAUAUAAUAGAUCAAUCAAUAGAAAAAGGAUGUUGAAAGUGAAGUUGAGAAGUUGGAUUCUGAGAAAUUGCAAAAGGCUAGAUUUAAUAUGAGUUUUGUGGAAUCUGUCAGCGAGAAACCCUUGAUCUAGAAGGAGAUGCUUGUAAGGAGAAUUAUGCCAUUAAUUUAAACCAAAGGAAUAAUGUACAUAACCAAUAAGAUUAUUUACUUUCAACCCUUUUUCAAAAUCACCUUAAAACCAUGCAAGAAGAUUGUAAUUGAGUAAAUCAAGGUAAUGUACAAGCGAAGAUUUGAAUUGCUGGACAUAGGUUUGGAAAUCAUUCUGAAGAGUGGGAAGACUAUAUAUUAUGCAUUUGAAAAUCAAGAAAGGAUGGAAGAGGUGUACAAAGUGCUUAUUGGAAAGGUGACUAUAGAGGCAGAGACAAGUUUGGAGAAGAUCCAAUAUCUAUGGUAAAGUGGAUAAAUAUCAAAUUUUGAGUAUUUAAUGCGUUUGAAUUAAGCUGGCAAUCGAAGUUCUAGUGAUUUAACUCAAUAUCCUGUUUUUCCCUUAAUUAUUGUCGAUUAUGAGUCAUCUGAAUUAAAUUUAAAUGAUUCAGCAACUUUUAGGGACCUCAAGAAACCAAUAGGGGCUUUGAAUGAGAAGAGAUUGUAAGAGUUCAAGAAGAGAUAUGAAGAAAUGCCACCACCAAAGUUCCUGUAUGGCACACAUUAUUCAACUCCAGGUUAUGUAAUAGGUUAUUUGGUGAGACAGAAACCAUAAUACAUGUUAAAAUUAUAAUCAGGCAAAUUUGAUAAACCUGAUCGACUAUUCAAAAGCAUCAAAGGUGACUUUAAGAAUGUGAUGAAUAAUACUACAUCAUUGAAAGAGUUGAUACCUGAGUUCUUUAUAGAAGAUGACUCAUUUUUAGUUAACACAUUGAAUUUAGAUCUUGGAGUAAGAUAAAACUAGAAGAAAGUUGGAGAUGUUAAGUUACCAAAAUGGGCUAAGAGUGCCAAGGAAUAUCUUAGAUUAAAUAGAUUGGCAUUAGAAAGUGAUUACGUUAGUAAUGAAUUGCAUCACUGGAUAGAUUUGAUAUUUGGAUACAAACAAAAGGGACCUCAUUCAGUCGAAGCCAAUAAUGUUUUCCAUUAUUUAACCUAUGAAGGCACAGUUCAAUUGAGUCAAAUGCAAGAUCCUAUUGAGAGACAGGCAAGCAUAUGCUAAAUAAAUGAAUUUGGGUAGUGUCCAAAGUAGUUGUUCAAAAUCUAACACCCUCCUAAAUGUGCAUUAAGAGCUGGCUAAAUUAUGUACAAAUUCGUUGAGCAGAUUCCAAAAUAGAAGUAGGAGGAAGUUCCUAUAAAUGUUGAUGGUCUGAUGUGGGAAAACUUAGAUAAGAAGAAUCAAUUCAGACACAAAAUGCUAUAGAAAGUUCAUAAGACAAACAUUACAGAUUUGAUAGUAUUGGAGAAAAAGAAUCUAUUGGUUACAAUUGGUUAGGAUGGAUUUCUAAAGGUGAUUGAUUUAAAGGAGUUGAUUGUAUUGAAAUCAUUCAAAGUCGAUGAAUUUUGUUUGAGUUGUAUUGUGACUUUAAAGCAGGAUGAAAUAUUCGCUAUAGGUAGUUGGGGUUCUUAGAUACAUGUUUUCAAUAUAAAUUAUGGAAGCAAAGUAUAAAUGGUGUAGAGAUUCAAUAAUUCAGUUAGUUCUUUAGUGUAUUUAAUGAAGAAGAAAAUCUUAGUAACAGGUUCAUGGGAUUGUUCUUUAAAGAGAUUCGAGUGUUCUGAAAAUCAAAUAAAAUAAGACAGUGAAGAAAUUAUUGAUGAUUGGGAAGCCUAAAUUACACACAUAGCAGCUACUGAGGAUGAGUCCAUGAUUGCAGUUGGUGAUAUUGAUGGCAGAGUCAUUACUAUCAAUACAAAUAAUUGGACACAACAAUAACAUUAUGAAAUUAAUGGAGAAAAGAUAGUCAAAUCACUCUUCUUCAGAGCAAGUUUAUUGGUUGUUGGAGAUGCUUAAAUCAAGAUGUUUAGCAAUGGGAGUUAAUUAUUGGAUUUUAAAAUAGACAAAAAUAAUGGGUUAAUAACUGACAUCAUUAUUGAUCAUGAUAAAUAUUUGAUAGCAUGCACAAAAAAAGGAUAUGUGGCUGUAUUUUCAAUGGUAUUAGAAAGUAAACUUGGAUAUUUGUUUACUGAUUUCUCAGGAUAGGCUGAUUUGAUUGGAAAUUAAGAUUAGUAAUUCACUAAGAUGAUUCUUAGAAAUAAGACACUCAUUUUGACUAGUCAGAAUGGAAGUCUUAAUGUAUUAUAAUAUUGA